CGGCGGGCCGCUAGCCGGUUCCGCCACUAGGCGCAGCCCAGCCCAGAGGCCGGUACCCAGGGAGCCUCCUGGCCCUGCGGUUCUGUGCACUCGGAGAGAGGAGGGGUGCCCGGGACAGGAUUGGCAAACUCCGCCCUCCACUUACUAUUUUGCUUAUUUUUCUUUGUGCGCGCCUGUUAGUUUGUUAAACCAGAUCUAGUCCCAGAGUCUUUUCUCCUCCCUCCUCCCCCCCUCCAACACCCCCUCCCUGCUCUUUCUUCCCCUCCUCCCUCCUACCCCUCUGCAGGAGACUCUCGCAGUGACGGAAAGUUGCAGCCCCUGGUAGCGCCUUGGGGGUCUCCCGGCAGUGUCCAACCGCCGCCACCCCUUUCCGACUACGGCACUUCGGAGAUCUCCUCCUUCGCCGAUACCCUCUCUCACUUCGGCCGGAUCGCCUGUGCCCAGAACGUCCCACCCAUGACGAUGCUCCUGGACGGAGGCCCGCAGUUCCCUGGGCUGGGAGUGGGCAGCUUCGGCGCGCCGCGCCACCACGAGAUGCCCAACCGUGAGCCGGCAGGCAUGGGGCUGAAUCCCUUCGGGGACACAACCCACGCCGCCGCCGCAGCCGCCGCCGCUGCCUUCAAGCUGAGCCCUGCCGCGGCGCACGAUCUAUCUUCAGGCCAGAGCUCGGCUUUCACGCCGCAGGGUUCGGGCUACGCCAACGCCCUGGGCCACCAUCACCACCACCACCACCAUCAUCACCACGCCAGCCAGGUGCCCAGCUACGGCGGCGCUGCCUCUGCCGCCUUCAACUCAACGCGCGACUUUCUGUUCCGCCAGCGCAGCUCCGGGCUCAGUGAGGCGGCCUCGGGUGGCGGGCAGCACGGGCUCUUCGCCGGCUCGGCGAGCAGCCUGCAUGCUCCACCUGGCAUCCCCGAGCCCCCUGGCUACUUGCUCUUUCCUGGGCUGCAUGAGCAGGGCGCUGGGCACCCGUCGCCCACAGGGCACGUGGACAACAACCAGGUCCACCUGGGGCUGCGUGGGGAGCUGUUCGGCCGUGCUGACCCAUACCGCCCAGUGGCCAGCCCGCGCACGGACCCCUACGCGGCCGGCGCGCAGUUCCCUAACUACAGCCCCAUGAACAUGAACAUGGGCGUGAACGUGGCGGCCCACCACGGGCCCGGCGCCUUCUUCCGUUAUAUGCGGCAGCCCAUCAAGCAGGAGCUGUCGUGCAAGUGGAUCGACGAGGCUCAGCUGAGCCGGCCCAAGAAAAGCUGCGACCGGACCUUCAGCACCAUGCAUGAGCUGGUGACACAUGUCACUAUGGAGCAUGUGGGGGGCCCGGAGCAGAACAACCACGUCUGCUACUGGGAGGAGUGCCCCCGGGAGGGCAAGUCUUUCAAGGCGAAGUACAAACUGGUCAACCACAUCCGAGUGCACACGGGCGAGAAGCCCUUCCCAUGCCCCUUCCCGGGCUGCGGGAAGAUCUUUGCCCGUUCUGAGAACCUCAAGAUCCACAAGAGAACCCACACAGGUGAGAAACCUUUCAAAUGUGAAUUUGAAGGCUGUGACAGACGCUUUGCCAACAGCAGCGACCGUAAGAAGCACAUGCAUGUGCAUACCUCGGACAAGCCCUAUAUCUGCAAAGUGUGCGACAAGUCCUACACGCACCCGAGCUCCCUGCGCAAACACAUGAAGGUUCAUGAAUCUCAAGGGUCAGAUUCCUCCCCUGCUGCCAGUUCAGGCUAUGAAUCUUCCACUCCACCCGCUAUAGCUUCUGCAAACAGUAAAGAUACCACUAAAACCCCUUCUGCAGUUCAAACUAGCACCAGCCACAACCCUGGACUUCCUCCUAAUUUUAACGAAUGGUACGUCUGAGGACAAACACAAACCCUGUUAACUAUAGAAUGGACCAAAUGCAUUUUUAAAAGAAAACUGAGACCAAUCAGAUGGAAAUGGAGUUUUAAGGCAAGAGGCCAUAUAUAGGGCUACAUCUUGUUAAUUGCAAUUGUCCAGGAAGGUUUUGGGCAAGAUCCAAAAGUAGCCAUGCCCUUUUCUCAGGAUUAGAAAAUAUGUUUUGGCAUUUGAAGCAUUUUUUACAAAAUCUUUACACUGCUUUUUCUUCCCCUUCCUCUUGCUGUCUGCACACCCCAUUCUUAAACUCCUGCAAUUCAUUUUAACAGUUGUCCUGUUUCUCGAGAGGAAGUUAUAGAAGGCUUGUUGGUGGUGGUGAUGUUAAACUGAUGGAAAUUCUUUUUCGCCUUAGUGGUGAUUGUUUAAACUCUCACAGUCUUAAACCGUGCCAAAGUCCUGUUAUGUCUUGAACUUUUCCUCAAAGCAUUACACUUGUGAAUGUAUUUUUGUCUAAUAGGGUCGAAACUGUUGUUCAGUAUUUUUUUCAGGCUGAGGAUGUGAUGUUACUCUACACAGAUUGUGACGUUUAGUAUACAGUUGCCUUUUGUAAUAACUUUUUUUUUUUGUAAAUACAUAUCCAUUGAUGCCAUAUUUAUCGUUUGUAAUUUAAUUAUUGCUACAAGUGCCGGGAACUGAACAAUAUUUAUGGAUAAAUGUUUUCUAACAAGCUCUGUACAGCUUUUGAUUAUAACUGCUUUAGCAUUAAAAUUUUAUUGUUUUGAAAGAAGAA